AUGUCACAACCCGAACCGCUGCACCAAGUAGUGGUCGCGGACAGCGACAAGCCCCAAGCGCAAGCCGAAAGCGCAAGAUCGACAUCCAAUGAAGAAGCCCAGAGUCCUGAGCUCGACGUCCAAAAGAAGAAAUGGUAUCGCAGAUUGAAUCCGAUCAGGUUACAGAAGACACCGCCAGUGCCUGAAGAGCGCGCGGUGUCUCGCGAGUACGGAGCCUCCUUCUUCAGCCUGGUCACAUUCCAAUGGAUGUCACCACUGAUGAAGGUCGGGUACCUGCGACCACUAGAGCUGCAGGAUAUCUGGACAGUGAAUCCGGAUCGAACUGUUGAAGUAUUGUCUGGGCGAUUAGAUGCUGCUCUGCAAAAACGCACCGAGGGCGGAUCCAGUCGUCCCCUCGUUUGGGCUUUGUACGACACAUUCAGAUUUGAGUUCAUCCUCGGUGGCAUUUGUCAGCUCUUCAGCUCGCUGCUGAUGGUCUUCGCGCCAUAUCUCACACGAUACCUCAUCGCCUUCGCCACGGAUGCCUAUGUGGCAGAGAAGUCGGGGCAUGGUGCGCCUCAUAUCGGCCGCGGUAUGGGCUAUGUUGUUGGAAUUACGUGCAUGCAGGCGAUUCAGAGCUUAUGCACAAACCAAUUCUUGUACCGGGGUCAGAUGGUUGGUGGGCAGAUUCGCGCGGUCCUGAUAUCGCAUAUCUUCAACAAGGCGAUGAAGCUGUCUGGUCGUGCAAAGGCUGGUGGCCAGGCGACCUGGCAAGAGACAAAGGCAUUGGAAGAGACCAAAGAGGCGCUGUUGAAGGCUGAAGGAAAAGACCCGCAGCCUGACAAAAACAAGCCAAAUGCUGAUUCUGCGCCUUCAGUUGCUAAUGGGGUUGCUGGAGACGGCUCCGGAUGGAACAACGGCCGCAUCACCGCUCUGAUGAGUAUUGAUGUAGACCGCAUCAAUCUGGCUAUGGGAAUGUUCCAUAUGAUUUGGACUGCUCCCCUUUCUAUCAUUGUGACACUGGUCCUGCUCUUGGUCAAUCUCGGCUAUAGUUGCUUGUCUGGAUACGCACUGCUUCUGAUCUCAGUCCCCUUCCUGACCUUCGCGGUGCGAUCCCUGAUCGUGAGACGGCGCAACAUCAACAAAAUUACCGACCAGCGAGUCUCGUUGACUCAAGAGAUUCUCCAGGCCGUGCGAUUUGUGAAGUUCUUCGGCUGGGAAAGUAGUUUCCUUAAACGCCUGAAAGAAAUUCGCAGCCGAGAGAUCCGUUCAAUCCAGACCCUGUUGGCGAUUCGCAACGGCAUCCUCUGCGUGUCCCUUUCUAUCCCCACUUUCGCCUCGAUGCUCGCGUUCAUCACCUACUCAUCCACAGACCAUAACCUGGAUCCCGCACCGAUCUUCUCGUCGCUGGCUCUUUUCAAUUCGUUGCGCAUGCCCUUGAACCUCCUUCCAAUGGUGAUUGGUCAAGUCACUGAUGCCUGGACUGCCCUCAAACGUAUUCAGGACUUCCUUCUGGCAGAAGAGCAAAACGAAGAUAUCGAGCGAGACGAAAGCAUGAGUAAUGCCAUCGAGCUUGAAAACGCCUCAUUCACCUGGGAGCGUCUCCCAACAGACGAGAAAGAGACUACUAAAGCCGAGAAAAAGGCGGCUGCCCUCGAACAAAAGGAAACGUCCAAAACCGGAGACGAUGGCACAGCAAAAGAAACCCCCACGGAGCCUUUCAAGCUCCACGACAUGACUUUCGAAGUGGGCAGAAACGAGCUUCUGGCUGUGAUCGGAACAGUCGGUUGUGGUAAGAGCUCCUUGCUUUCAGCCUUGGCAGGAGACAUGCGUGUGAUAGAUGGCGCAAUCCGACUCAGCACUACUCGCGCAUUCUGCCCACAAUAUGCCUGGAUCCAGAACACAUCUGUCAGAAACAACAUUCUAUUCGGAAAAGCAUACGACGAGGAAUGGUACGAAAAAGUCAUCGAUGCAUGUGCUCUGACGCCCGAUCUCGAGAUUCUUCCCAAUGGCGAUCAGACGGAGAUCGGAGAGCGAGGAAUCACGGUGUCGGGAGGCCAAAAGCAGCGCUUGAAUAUCGCUCGUGCAAUCUAUUUCAAUGCCAACUUGGUUCUGAUGGAUGAUCCACUAUCGGCUGUUGAUGCGCAUGUGGGGCGGCACAUCAUGGACAAGGCCAUUUGCGGCCUACUUAAGGAUCGUUGCCGUAUCUUGGCCACUCACCAGUUGCAUGUGCUCAAUCGCUGUGACAGGAUCAUUGUCAUGGACAAAGGACGUAUCGAUGCCGUCGACACAUUCGAGAAUCUGAUGCGUGACAAUGAAAUCUUCAAAAGAUUGAUGUCUACUUCUCGGCAGGAGGAUAUGGAAGAUGAAGAGAGUGAAGCUGUUGAUGAAGUCACCGAAGAAAAGGCCGAUGAAGAAGAGACUCCUAAAAAAGCAGCCAUUGCAACGCCUGCUCCUGGUUUGAUGCAACAAGAAGAAAAGGCCACAUCUUCUGUCAGCUGGAGUGUAUGGAAAGCGUACAUCCGAGCAUCUGGAAGCUACUUCAACGCCAUUGCAGUAUUCAUCUUACUCGGUCUUGCCAAUGUUUCCAACAUCUGGACCAGUCUAUGGCUUUCAUAUUGGACUUCUAACAAGUACCCUUCACUUUCCAUGGGCCAAUAUAUUGGCGUUUACGCAGGACUGGGCGGCGCUUUCGUUGUUCUGAUGUUCGUGUUUUCAGUAUUUGUGAUGACCUGUAGCACGAAUGCCAGCAAAACCAUGCUCCAGCGCGCGAUGAAUCGCGUGCUUCGUGCCCCCAUGGCCUUCUUCGAUACCACGCCACUUGGCCGAAUCACGAAUCGUUUCUCAAGGGACGUCCAAGUCAUGGACAACGAAAUUUCCGAUGCAAUAAGAAUGUACGCAUUGACGAUGACUAUGAUUAUCUCCAUCAUGAUUUUGAUUAUCGUUUUCUUCUACUAUUUUGUCAUCGCGCUUGUGCCGCUCUUCAUUCUCUUCCUAAUCGCCUCAAACUACUACCGAGCGUCUGCCCGCGAGAUGAAACGACACGAGGCAUUGCUGCGAUCCACCGUUUACGCCAAGUUCGGCGAAGCUAUCACCGGUGUUGCAUGUAUUCGAGCAUAUGGCGUGGAGGGCGAAUUCCAGCGCAGCAUUCGGGACUCAAUCGAUGUGAUGAAUGGUGCUUAUUUCCUAACCUUCUCCAACCAGCGCUGGCUCAGUAUUCGGCUCGAUGCCGUUGCCGUCGCAUUAGUUUUCGUGACUGGAGUAUUGGUGGUUACUUCUCGUUUCAAUGUCUCGCCCAGUAUUUCUGGGCUAGUGUUGUCUUAUAUCUUGGUUAUUGCUCAGAUGUUGCAGUUCACUGUGCGUCAGCUGGCUGAGGUUGAGAAUAACAUGAACGCCACAGAACGAGUCCAUUACUAUGGCACUGAGUUGGAAGAAGAAGCGCCUCUACAUCUGCGGGAGGUCUCAGAAAGCUGGCCUGAAAAGGGUCGAAUCCAGUUCAGUAAUACAGAGUUGCGGUACCGUGCAGGCUUGCCUCUGGUUCUGAAGGGCCUCUCCAUGGACAUCCAUGGAGGCGAGCGGGUUGGUAUUGUUGGUCGCACUGGUGCUGGCAAGUCAAGUAUCAUGUCUGCACUCUUCCGCUUGACCGAGUUAUCUGGAGGUACCAUCAAGAUCGACGAUAUUGACAUCUCAACCGUCGGUCUCCACGACCUUCGCUCCCGACUUGCUAUUAUCCCUCAAGAUCCUGCCUUAUUCAAGGGCACCAUCCGAUCAAACCUCGACCCGUUCAACGAGCACAACGACCUUGAGCUGUGGAAUGCACUUCGCAAAGCAUAUCUAAUUGACCAAGACACAGAACCACUCGACGAAAAACCGCACAGCGACCCUGUUAGUGGAGCCACAACUCCAACGGAAGAUGCCAAAUCACGCCCACUCAACAAAUUGACCCUCGACUCACCAGUUGACGAAGAAGGCCUCAAUUUCUCCUUGGGCCAGCGGCAACUGAUGGCGCUCGCUCGUGCGCUGGUUCGCGACGCACGCAUCAUCGUCUGCGACGAAGCUACUUCUUCCGUUGACUUUGAGACUGAUCAGAAAAUCCAGCGGACCAUGACGCAGGGCUUCCACGGAAGAACUCUGUUGUGUAUUGCGCACCGGCUGCGUACGAUCAUCGGCUACGAUCGUAUUUGCGUGAUGGAUCAAGGGCAGAUCGCCGAGAUGGAUAGGCCUGUUGUCCUGUGGGAUAAGCCUGAUGGAAUCUUCCGUGCCAUGUGUGAUCGCAGUGGAAUCUCGCGUGAAGAUAUCCUCGCCUCGGAGUAA